GCCUCGCGGGCGUGGCAGGAAGUCCCGUGUCUGCGAGGCGAGGGGCAGCGAUUGCUACUCCUGGCGUCGCUGCCGGGUUCGGGUCUGUCAUGGCGCUUGAGACCCUCUCUCCGGACUGGGAGUUCGAUCGCGUCGAUGACGGUUCUCAGAAAAUCCAUGCUGAAGUGCAGUUGAAGAAUUAUGGGAAAUUCCUUGAGGCAUACACUUCUCAACUGAAGAGAAUUGAAGAUGCACUGGAUGACUCUGUGGGAGAUGUUUGGGACUUUAAUCUUGAUCCCAUUGAAUUAAACCUUCUGCCUUAUGAACAGUCUUCCUUACUUGAACUCAUAAAGACGGAAAACAAGGUUCUAAACAAAGUCAUCACUGUGUAUGCAGCCCUUUGCUGUGAGAUCAAGAAACUAAAAUAUGAGGCUGAAACAAAAUUUUACAAUGGCCUCUUGUUUUAUGGAGAAGGAGCUUUGGAAUCCAGUAAGGUGGAAGGAGAUAGUCAAAUACAGAUGGGAAGAUAUAUCUCAUUUUUACAGGAGCUGUCUUGUUUUGUGACACGGUGCUAUGAAGUGGUGAUGAAUGUAGUGCAUCAACUGGCUGUUCUUUAUACUAGUAACAAGAGUACGCCUAAAGUUAUAGAAACAUCAGGAGUUCAUUUUCAGGCUAUGUAUGAGCAUCUAGGGGAGCUGCUGACUGUUUUACUAACUUUGGAUGAGAUAAUAGACAAUCAUACUAUGCUGAAAGAUCACUGGACCAUGUACAAAAGGUUGUUAAAGUCUGUCCAUCACAAUCCUUCCAAAUUUGGUGUCCAGGAGGAUAAGCUGAAGCCAUUUGAAAAGCUGCUAUUAAAACUGGAAAGCCAGUUAUUGGAUGGGAUGAUAUUCCAGGCUUGUAUAGAACAGCAGUUUGAUUGCCUGAAUGGUGGAGUGUCAGUGUCGAAGAAUAGCGCCUUUGCUGAGGAGUUUGCACAUAGUAUUCGCACAAUUUUUGCAAACGUUGAAGCUAAGCUUGGUGAACCCUCAGAAAUUGACCAGAGAGAUAAGUACGUAGGAAUUUGUGGGCUGUUUGUACUACAUUUUCAGAUUUUUCGGACGGUAGACAAGAAAUUUUACAAAUCGUUAUUGGACGUAUGCAAAAAGGUGCCAGCAAUCACACUUACAGCUAAUAUAAUUUGGUUUGGUGAUAAUUUUCUUAUCCAGAAGGUGCCAGCUGCUGCCAAGCUUCUAGACAGGAAAAGCCUUCAUGCCAUUAAAGCACACAGGGAAAGUUUUCUACAACACAAGGCUCAGUCACUUACCAAAGAAAUGCAAUCAUACUAUGUGUUUGUGAGCUCAUGGAUGAUGAAAAUGGAAUCUAUUUUGUCAAAGGAACAACGAAUGGAUAAAUUUGCUGAAGAUCUCACCAACAGAUGCAACAUUUUUAUACAAGGGUUUCUGUAUGCUUACAGCCUUAGCAACAUCAUAAAAAGCACAAUGAAUCUGCACAUGUCAAUGCAGAAGCCAAUGACUAAAACCUCCGUUAAAGCAUUGUGCAGGCUUGUGGAACUUCUUAAAGCAAUAGAACAUAUGUUUUACAGAAGAAGUAUGAUUGUUGCUGAUUCAGUCACACACAUAGUUCAGCAUCUUCAGCAUCAGGCUCUUAAUGCUAUUUCUGUAGCCAAGAAAAGAGUAAUUUCUGACAAAAAAUACAGUGAGCAACGCCUUGAUGUCCUCUCUGCUCUUGUAUUGGCUGAAAACAUCCUCAAUGGUCCUAGCACAAAACAGAGGCGGCUGGUCAUUUCCCUUGCUCUCAGUGUUGGCACACAAAUGAGAACGUUUAAAGAUGAAGAACUCCUUCCUCUUCAAGUAGUUAUGAAAAAGCUGGCUUUAAUCAGUGAACUUCAAGAAAGAGUCCGAACACAAUGUGACUGUUGCUUCUUGUACUGGCAUAGAACUGUGUUUCCAAUUUAUCUGGAUGAUGUCUAUGAAAAUGCAGUAGAUGCUGCCAGGUUACAUUACAUGUUCAGUGCAUUGCGGGAUUGUGUACCAGCUAUGAUGCACUCAAGGCACUUGGAAUCCUAUGAAAUGCUUCUGGAGAGCUAUGACAGAGAAAUCAUGGAUGUUUUAAAUAAGCACCUUCUGGACAAAUUAUGUAAGGAAAUAGAAAAGGACCUGCGUCUCUCUGUGCAUACCCACUUAAAGCUGGAUGACAGAAAUCCAUUCAAAGUUGGAAUGAAGGACCUUGCCCAUUUUUUUGCUUUGAACCCAAUCCGCUUUUUCAAUCGGUUUAUAGAUAUCAAAGCCCAUGUGACACACUACCUUGACAAGACUUUCUACAAUCUAACGACUGUGGCUCUGCAUGACUGGGCCACAUAUAGUGAAAUGAGAAAUUUAGCAACUCAGCGUUAUGGUUUAACGAUGACAGAAGCACAUCUCCCUAGUCAAACUCUAGAACAGGGCCUUGAUGUUCUGGAAAUUAUGAGGAACAUUCAUGUAUUUGUAUCUCGUUAUCUCUACAAUCUCAAUAACCAGAUCUUCGUUGAGAGAAUCAGCAAUAACAAGCAUUUGAACACUAUAAAUAUAAGGCACAUUGCUAACUCAAUUCGAACGCACGGCACAGGAAUCAUGAACACAACAGUAAAUUUCACAUACCAGUUUCUGAGAAAGAAAUUUUAUAUCUUUAGCCAGUUCAUGUAUGAUGAACACAUCAAAUCCCGGCUGAUCAAAGAUAUCAGAUUCUUCAGAGAAGUUAAGGAUCAAAAUGAUCACAAGUACCCUUUUGAGAGAGCAGAAAAGUUCAACCGGGGGAUCAGAAAGCUUGGAAUUACACCUGAUGGACAAAGUUACCUUGACCAGUUCAGGCAAUUAAUAAGCCAAAUAGGGAAUGCUAUGGGCUAUGUACGAAUGAUAAGAUCAGGUGGACUUCACUGUUGUAGCAGUGCAAUCAGGUUUGUUCCCGAUCUUGAAGAUAUUGUGAACUUUGAAGAACUUGUGAAAGAAGAAGACCUCUCAGAAGAAACACAAAAGGCAGCCAGGCAGCUGGAUUUCGUACUUAGCGAUCUUACCCGUAACUCUGCUGAAGGCACAGAGUACUUCAAAAUGCUUGUGGAUGUGUUUGCUCCUGAAUUUCGCAGUCCAAAGAACAUGCAUUUGCGUAAUUUUUAUAUAAUUAUUCCCCCACUGGCUCUCAACUUCAUAGAACACUCAAUUAGUUGCAAGGAGAAACUGAAUAAAAAGAACAAAGCUGGUGCAGCCUUCACCGAUGAUGGUUUUGCCAUGGGGGUAGCUUACAUUCUGAAACUUUUGGAUCAAUACCAAGAAUUUGAUUCCCUCCACUGGUUCCAGUCUGUCCGAGAGAAGUAUGUGAAAGAGAUCAGAGCAGUAGCAAAGCAACAGAAUGUUCAGUCGAGUAGUCAAGAUGAAAAGCUGCUACAGACAAUGAAUCUUACUCACAAGAGAUUGGAUGUUUGUUUGCAGGAAUUUGAAUUGCUCUAUUUCUCACUAAGCAGUGCAAGAAUAUUUUUCAGAGCAGAUAAAACUGCAGCAGAAGAGAAUCAAGAAAAAAAAGAGAGAGAAGAAGAAUCAGCAAAAACAAGCAAUGGAGACCUGUCUAACUCUUCUUCUGCAGAUCCUGUUGUGAAAUGAGAGCUCUGAAAUCUAAAGCUGUGAUUUGUUGAAAUUGAUGGGACCAAACUGGCAUGGAAUUUUUCAUCCUCUGAAUCUGAAAGUGACCCAGCAGCACCACUCAAGUGUACAAUAAUCCUCAGUUGCUCAAUUCAGAUUUGCAUUGCAUCAUCCUAUCUGUUCAAGUGUUCCUUGUGAUUUUUUGUGCUGUUUUCAUACAAUUUCAUAACUUGGUAUUUGAAUGCUGUUGAGUUGGAGAGAGAUGAAAUUAACACCUUUGGCAUUGCCGUUUGUUCUUUUUUCCCUGUAUUUACUUAUGUCCUUGCUUUAAAUGUCUUCUGUCACUGACCACUGGUAUCCAGGCUGCCAGCUUAGGUCAGCCUCAGUCCUGCAGAGACAGAUGCUGUGUUCCCAUUUCACUUGGGCUUUUAAAUGGAGAGAAGCCUUAGUGUUAAAGUGUAUCAUAUGGCCUUAAAUGCACAGUACUAACCAAACUAAUAUGGUCUUGAUACAUUCUUAAAAAUAAACAUCUUUAGUCUUCAGCUAGGUUUAAAUUCAUGCAUAUGCAGUUUCUGUGAAUAUAUACAUAUGUACAUUCUGUUCUCUUUGUGAAUAUAGGAUGGUAGUCCUUGUACUCUUAACUUCUCUAAAUGUAGUAUAUAACCAAUAGGAGAAGUUGCUUCCAAUAUAACCAAUUAAUGAGAGCCAUUUCUAGUUUACAUUCCUGCAGCUGCUAGUGGUAAUAUUCCUACUAGUGCAAUGCUGUGGGAUCUACAGAAGAACCCUUUUUAUUUAAUAGGGCUUCAACCAGACAGUUGUUCUUGCAUCUGCGUUGUGUGAUUGAUCUGGGGGGAAACUGUCUGCACCCAUUUAAUGUAAAUGAUAAAAGCCAGCAUAUUAAGAUGUGGCAGAACUGUUCUCCCUUUGCCCCCUCCUGUCUUUUUUCAGGCAUGAAAGCACCAACUACAGUCAUUUUCUGUGGAUUUUAUAAAGGCUGAAAUAAAGGGACACUCCCCCCCCCCUCCAGACUUUAUGCACUGUUGACUUCCUUCUUGCCAAGUUUUUUUUGUGGCAUAUGAAACAGAACAUGAAUCUACAAACCCAUGAAUCCUCACAACAGAAGUCCAAGUGGAAGAGGAUUAAACCUAGAAGGUUGCCCUUGGUUUUUCUACCCUAGCAGAGGUGGGAAGGGGGUCAAAAUAGCAAAGCCACCAAAGCACUUUGACUAUACACUUGUUAUGCUCAAACUUCUGACCAAAAUGCAGCUUUUGAGGUCCUGCUGCAUGUUGUCAUGGAGGUAAAGUUGACCAGUUCACUUGAUCAGUGGGUUAUGUUCAAAUUCUCAGGAAUGAUGGGGACCAAAUAUAACACCUUAUUCUAACUCACUUCAUUAAAAGGUAUUUUGUUACCUCACUUUUCUUUUUCUUGUUAAAUACUCUGUAUGUAAUGUUAAUAAAUGUAAUGUAAGAAGCUG